AAGACUACUUUCCCCGCCCCUCCUCCAGCUGAUGGCUGGCUGUAAAUACCUUUGGUUGUCAGGAAGUGAACUAGUGUGUGUGCCAACUGGAAAAUUAAGGGACAUAACAUCUUCACAUCUAAAAUAACUGAACGAAAUAAUCGUGCCUUUGAGGGUAUAGUAAUUAUAUUUUCAAGAAAACUGGAACAUAUCAGCUUUGGACAUGGAAAAGAAGCAUGGAAGGAGUCAACCAUGGGGGAAGUUAGUAAAAGUGGACACUCAAUCUGAAGUAUUGCUUGUCAACAGGGAAUGCACUGUCGGGCGAAGAAAAGGCUGUGAUCUUUCCUUUCCUGCUAACAAACUGGUCUCAGGGGAUCACUGUAAGAUAGUGCAAGAUAAGAGCUCAGGGUUGGUGUGGCUAGAGGACACAAGCACCAAUGGUACAGUGAUUAACAUGUCUAAGCUGGUGAAGAAGCAGAUUCAUAUGUUGCAGAAUGGAGACGUCAUCUACUUUGUAUACAGGAAAAACGAACCAGAGCAAAAUAUUGCCUACAUGUAUCAGUCCAUAAAACCAGAGAGGACAUUCUCACAAGACACAAUUGGUGGUGCCACCAGAUGCUCAGUAAUGCAGCAGAAAGCCCAGACCUGCCCUGUUACAGCAGCAGUAUGUGUGUCUGUGGAGCCAUUCCUUGUUGGACUUUCACGGGAGCAGCAGGCCGUGGACGAACCCCAGCCCUCCACCUCCUCCCACCUCCUCCACACAGUCUCCUCCUCUACAGCCUGUUCCUCUGCAGCCUCCUUCCUGCACUCCUCUGCCUUAGACACACGACAGACUGAAGCCCAGAACCGAGUCACAAUGUUGUAUAAAGAGGAGGAGGGGGACAUGGAGCCAGAGAGAAAAAGGAGGAAAACUGACAGUGCUGACAAGGACUAUAAUUUUGGACUGCCACAUACUUCCAGUAUUGCGGUGGUCGGCCCCAGCCCAGCUAAGGUUUCUCUUAUCAGGGAUCUGUUGGGAAAAGCUGCUGUGGCUGUGACUGUGGAAGAAGCCAAGACUGACAAGAUGGAGGAGUCCCUCACCUGUAUCAUCUGUCAGGACCUACUUCAUGACUGUGUCAGCCUGCAGCCCUGUAUGCACACCUUCUGUGCUGCAUGUUACUCUGGCUGGAUGGAGCGCUCGUCUCUCUGCCCCACCUGCCGUUGCCCUGUAGAGAGGAUCCGCAAGAACCACAUCCUCAACAACCUGGUGGAGGCCUACUUUAUCCAACACCCAGAGAAGUGUCGCAGUGAGGAGGACCUGAAGAGCAUGGACAGCCGGAACAAGAUAACUCGGGACAUGCUGCAGCCAAAGAUUGAGCGUUCCUUCUCUGAUGAAGAGGGCAGCUCUGAUUAUCUCUUUGAGCUCUCCGACAACGACAGUGACACCUCCGAUAUCGGCCAGCCCGUUGUGCUGUGCAGACAGUGUCCAGGCUACAGGAAGGAGGUCAGCCAGGUACUGUGGGCCACAGGGCCAGACCCUCUAGGACCAGCCCCACCAGCUCUUCUAGGACCAGUCCUACCAGCCCCUCAAGGACCAGCCCCACCAGCUCUUCUAGGACCAGUCCUACCAGCCCCUCAAGGACCAGCCCCACCAGCUCUUCUAGGACCAGUCCUACCAGCCCCUCUAGGACCAGUCCUACCAGCCCCUCUAGGACCAGCCCCACCAGCUCUUAUAGGACCAGUCCUACCAGCCCCUCUAGGACCAGCCCCGCCAGCUCUUCUAGGACCAGUCCUACCAGCCCCUCUAGGACAAGCCCCGCCAGCUCUUCUAGGACCAGCCCCGCCAGCUCUUCUAGGACCAGCCCCGCCAGCUCUUCUAGGACCAGCCCCGCCAGCUCUUCUAGGACCAGCCCCGCCAGCUCUUCUAGGACCAGCCCCGCCAGCUCUUCUAGGACCAGCCCCGCCAGCUCUUCUAGGACCAGCCCCACCAGCUCUUCUAGGACCAGCCCCACCAGCUCUUCUAGGACCAGCCCCACCAGCUCUUCUAGGACCAGCCCCACCAGCUCUUCUAGGACCAGCCCCACCAGCCCCUCUAGGACCAGCCCCACCAACUCCUGAGGACAGGCCAGGGAAACCCCCUGGGGCUGGGGAAUCAACAUUAUCAACAUGCUCUGAUGUCCCCACUACAGCUCCUCAGGAUUACACCUGUCCUCCUCUGGGCAGCCAUGUCAUCUGCACCUGCUGCCUGCAGCCCAUGCCAGACCGCCGCGCCGAGCUCAUUGGCCAGCAACUCUCCGCUCAGCAAUGUGUGGUGUGCCUGCGGCCCUUCUGUCACAUGUACUGGGGCUGCCAGAGGAUCGGCUGUCAGGGCUGCCUCGCACGUUUCAGUGAACUCAACCUUACAGACAAAUGCCUGGACGGUGUUCUGAACAGCAAUAACUAUGAAUCAGAGAUCCUCCAGAGUUACUUGUCAGCCAGAGGGAUGUCGUGGAGGGACAUGCUACAGGAGGGUCUUCAGGGCCUGCAACAGGGAACCUUCUAUCUGUCUGAUUAUCGCAUCAACAGUAACGCUAUACUCUGUUUCUGCUGUGGCCUGCGAGCCUUCGGGGAGCUGGCCUACAAAUACAGACAGAACAUCCCUGCCUCGGCGCUUCCUGCUGUUGUGACGUCUCGGCCAGACUGUUAUUGGGGACGCAACUGCCGUACUCAAGUCAAGGCACACCAUGCCACGAAAUUCAACCACAUAUGUGAGCAGACCCGUUUCAAGAGCUGAAGAGCCUCGUAGGUGACCUGCUAUGCAAGGCUCUCCUGCGAACACUGGCGGGUACACAGACUUCCAAGGAUCUCCUGUAUUACUCUCAUAUGUACAGUGAUCAUUUUAUUCCCUUAUUAAGCAGCGCCUUGCCGUGAGGAAAGGUAUCUCUUAGGUAAUAUAACUUGUAGUUCUCUCAAAGGCUUUAUAGGCUUAUGUAUUUGAUGAUAUGCUGAAAUUACAAUCACACUCUUUUUGCUAGGUCAUGAUUAGCCAGCCUAGUGUUAUAGGUAUAGAAGGGGUGAGUGGGAUAAUGCUAUGCACUCCACACAGUAAGAGCGGAUUCCCCUAUAUGAUGAUGACAGACUUAUAUCUUAUGUGGAAUAUGAUCAUCAUCGCCCUUCAUUCCAGUAUCAUGUCCUUUUGGGUGAGGGAUAUAUUUUAAAAAAUCUACUGAAGACCGUUGGCAAUCAAAAUGGACUUUGGCCAUACAUGUGCCACACAGGAUGCAAUGCCAUCUUUUGUGACAGUUUAAGGAUCAUAUUGAUAUUAGUAAGAUGUUGAUACUUUUCCUGUUUCCGAGUAAUUAACUGAGUAGUUAACUGUUUUCCUUUCUCUUAACUUGUGGUCUAGUACUUUAGAUAUCUUGGAGAAUUAUGUAUUUGAAUUAGAAUCUAAAGCUUCCUACUCAACUGCUUACUGUGGUGUUCUAAACAUCUAGUAGUAUUCAUAUGUUGGUUAUAGAAACUUCCCCCAAACAAACUAGGUUGAAGCACAGCUAUGUUAUCAAAAGACUUAUCCAUAUACAGACUUUGAGGUUUCUUGUGGUUCAUAUAUAUGGAUGACAGAUUCAGUGGCACCAUUUUGAAUUCAGACUGUUGCUGCUUCUGCAUAUGAAUAACACUGCUAACUGAAAAGACAAGUGUAAUGGGAAAGGGAGUUGUACUUCGUUUUGGGAAAAGGGGGAUUUCUGCUAGUUUGAUGUGGAUUUCCCAACAAGGGCAAAAAGCCCUGUCAAAGCUGAGAAUAACAUGGCUCAACUAGAAUCAAUGGGAAAGUUAGUUGUAUAGGAUUUCUGUUCUUCCGGCAGGGAUAAGGGUUAUAUGUGGAAAUGUAGUUUUAUCUGAGGCUGGGAAAGGCAGGGGUAUUCAGUUAUAUGCUUUGCUCAGGGUAAUCAACCUAAAGCUGAUUUUAAAAUGGUGCAUUAGAGAGGCUUUCUCAGACCUAGACUAGUACUAACAGCCAAUGCAGUUUUUUUGUUAGAAUGCACAAUGGUUUGCUAAGGUUUAGGGGUGAAAUUGGUCCUCCUUGUUACAUUAUAUUAAGUUAGUGGUGUUGGCUAAAUAUAUUAAUUAAGCAAGCAACUUGAUCAUACGGGUUCUAUCAUACCCGUAUACUUAUUAGUAUGAUAGAACCAGGUAGCCUAGUGGUUAGAGCGUUGGGCCAGUAACCGAAAGGUUGCUGGAUUGAAUCCCUGAGCUGACAAGGUAAAAAUCUGUCCUUCUGCCCUUGAACAAGGCAGUUAACCCACUGUUCCCCAGUAGGCUGUCAUUGUAAAUAAGAUUUUUUUCUUAACUGACUUGCCUAUUUAAAUAAAGGUUACGUUAAAAAAACAAAAAAAACAUUGUAAGGAUUGCCAUUCUGUUAAAUUAAGGACAUGUUUUUCAAUAUAUAGGAAGUGUUACCUUGGAGCAUGUUGGAUAGAUCUUAUAAUAGUUUUGUUUAUCAGAGGGGUAUUUAACUCUAUUGUGCUAUGUUUGUAUUGUUUUGGAGACACAAAUGAACAAAUACCAUGGUAUGGUCAAACCUCAUCAGUUAAACCUUAAUUGGUGCAAUUUCCCAUAAUAACUGAGGAAAUAACACAUUGCUGUUUGGUCAGGCAUUUUUAUCUGGCAGUGAAAGUACCCGUGCCAAGUUAGAAUUGAAGAAAACAACAUUUUGUCAUUUCUAACAAUGGAGACUGAAAGUGGGCUCUAUUGCUCUUAGAAAAGGACUAGAGGUGUAAAAGUCUCACGCUGCCAGACAUGUUACUGUAUUCUUGCUGUAUAAGAACUGCUGGGGUGAUCUAAAAACUCCAGGAUUAUGAGACAAUUAGGUUGCAUUCACACAUGCAGCCCAAUUCUGAUCUUUUUUCAAUCAUUUGUCUUUUUGACUAAUCAGAUCAUCCCUUUUUGCCGAUAAUUGGGUCAAAUAUCUGAAUUGGACUGCCUGUGUAAAUGCAGCUUAGUUGUGAGAAAUCCUGCCUGUCUAAUUCAGUGUUGCAGUUACACAGUACUCACAGAGAUACAGGUGUGUCACUUUUAUAGAUCAACCCGAGACAACUGGCUGUGUCUUACUUCCGCGUUUUGUCUUAUUAGAAGACUACUAUCAACAACCAAAUGUCCAUAAUGUUGUGUAGAACCACAACAGUAGACACUUGUCUCUUACUGUUUUGAGACAUCGGUCACAUUCUCUGUAAAUUACUGACAAAUCAUUAUGGACGGCAAAACAGCCCAAUGUCUGCAGACCUUUACUCUAGAAAGAAUGGCCUGAUAUACUAAUGUUCUUCAUGAGGCCUUAUAUAUUGAAAAGUAGGAAAAAGAUAACUAAGUUGUUAGUAGUGAAGUAGAGUACAGAAAAAACGUUUUGUCAUUUAAAAUUUUUAGUUUAAUUAUAACUCACCAGUAUUUGAUUUUGUAAAUUGUGACAUUAAAUUGACAAUGAUUUAAGAGGAAAAGGUAGUUUGCUCAAACUGUUAGUGUUUACAAGCAAGUCUAGCUUUGAGGUUAUUUACUUUUAUAAUUCAGCUCGCUCACAAUGAAUGUAUGAAUCACUAAUUUGAAGACUUAACCAAGAUUACAAUUGGGUUGGGAUUCAAACAAACACAGAUUAACGACCUGUUCACAGCGAUAGACCUUUGAAGGCAACUUCCCAAACGUUCAUGGAGAUCACGUUAUCUGUAAAGGCCACAGAUGUCGGCUCAAGCAGAAAUUACCUUUAAAAGUCCAUCGGAGCACACUGGUACUUUAUCUGCGUUUGUUUGAAUCCUGGCACCAAACUGAACUGUAAUAAGCACUGCAGAAACGGUGCAGGUUACAACUCUGUCCUGUAACUUCAAUGGAUAUUAAAACAUCCAUUGAGAAAUAUCCUUGUGCAAUCAAUGUGUGUGGAACUCAGGAUUGGAGCUGAAACUCCACCUAUGUAACAAUAUACCCUCAUUGGGACUGUUUAGUGGCAAUAUUCACACACUCAGACCGACUCUUCUGGGCUGGUAUAAAGCGGGCAAAUAUGGACACGCUUUCUGCCAGAGCGCGUGUCUUUAUUUGUGAUCUUAUGGGCUGGAUUCAACCCGUAUCGUGGUAAAUCUGCGUAAAGAUCACUUCCGAUUGAGCUGACAUAUGCAGCGUUUACAGUGAAUGCAGUCUCCGCGACCGUGAGAACAUUGCCUUUAAUUAUCAAUUGCGCUAUAAAGCGGAUCUUCAGCACUAUGGAUUGAAUAGAGCCCUAAGUCGCGGUUUCCCUGUUGUGGAUUCACACUGUGGCAUUCCUCAGAGGCUCAGGCAAUAGCUCAGCACAACACCCCCCAGCCAGCCGAUCCCUCCCUACAGCAGCACUGGACCUUAAUUAUAACAGGAGGAUCUGGGCACCCUAAGCCAACAACAGUGCAAGCCACCCAUCAGGAAUGGGUGUUAAGGAGGCUUUGGAGGGUGCUUUGUAUUCUUAGAGGGAAACGCUGUAUUCUAGGGAAAAUAUUUACUUUGUGAGAUAGUCUGGACCAAGAUGCUCUGUACUAAUAGUAUGAUCAGUCAGUAUAAAGGCCUGGCCGGGGCAAGUUGAAUUCUACCUCAUCAGAGCUCCUGAGACGUUCUGAACAAUCCGGUCUGUACUUUUAUGUUUUGUGGAUCCUAAUAAGUGGGGAACUGACUGGACGGCAUUUAGAGUAGCGCUGUUACAUUUUAAUGCAGGGGAACACAACUGGUCCUCCGUUGAAAGCGGCUGCUGGGUUUUUUUCUUGCCUUUGUCAAUCGGCGACCAAUUUAAAGCUGGGAGUUCAACCAGGUGGAUGCACUGCACUCUGAUCAAUUAGUUAAUCAACUUAAUAAAGUGCUAUUGAUGUAUCAAUAUAUAGCCAGGUAUAAAUGAAAACUAAUAGGACUGUGAUUCUUAAGGACUGGAGUUGUGAUUCCUAGUUGAAUGCCUUUGUGAGCUUUUUGUGCCCCCUGUAUUAGCAAUGCUAAAAUACGUCUUAUGUAUAUGGCUCUAACAUGUCUGUUUUAGUGCACUAAUAACGUAUUGCUAAAUGUGUUUCCUCAUUGUGUUUAAGAUGCAUGACUUGCUACUAACCACUUUCAAUGGACAUCAAAUUAUCAAAACUGAAGCAGCAAUUUAUGUAAACCUUUAUUAAAAGUUCUUUGCACAAA